CCAGCAACUGGGCCGUGCAAAGAAGUGAAGUCCCAUCCGCUGGAUGCAGACAGAACACGAAACCACGCCUCCUCUGGUCCGUAGAAAAAUCUUUCUCCACAGAACCAGUCCCUGGUACCCAAAGGCUUGGGGGCCUCUGGUCUAGGACUACAAAAGACAGAUGGCCCAAAGUUACCCUAUAACUUUUCAUGACUGAAACCUAUCCUCUUCCAGACCUAGCUUGAUAUUUUGAUUUCCACACAAACCUAGUUCCUAGAUUGUACUAAAUAUUCCCAGUUUUUUCCCCUUUACAUAUUGAAUCUGCAGACAUUUCUAAAUAAAUCUCACCUUUAUUUUGUGCUUAAUAUAAAAAAUGAUGAGUAAAAUAGAAAGUUUUGCAUUUUUUGAAAAGAACUCUUACAAUUAUGUCGUUAAUAAUGAUGUUCCACAUAACUACAUAUAUAAAAAAUAUUAGAAAUAGAGUGCUGACUGAGGAACUAGCAUGGCUGUUGAAAUGCAGCUUCUUAAUAGUAUAUUGCAGAAACUGCUAAGAUUCAAAUAAUGGGAAGAUUCUAGAAUUCUGAGUAUUCUAAGAACAGUGUCAAGACGUCUUGACACUAAUGAGAAAAACAGUAUUUUUCAAGGCUAGCACCGAUCAGCUUCAUAUUUAAACCCUAACCUAUUAUGAUAAAUUACUGCCAAAAAAUUGUCUAUUUCCUCUUCUCUGAAAUCUUCUGGAGAUGUAGCUGCAGAGUUGUCAAGUACUAGAGGAAGCCCUUACAUCUCAGGGUGUUUUUACCUUUAAAAAUGGUUUGGAAAAUUGUGAUGCCAUCAUGUUUUGCUGCCUGAUUUUCUCUGGUACUUUUCAUUUUAUGAGGUAAGAGUCCAGGAAUGAGUGACUACAGGCAUGAAAGUGCAGGAAUGAAAUGGAGGUGCCAUGGAAGAACCCCAGAACUUGCAACAUCUAGUCGAACAACAAGAAUAGAAGUUUCAGCGUCAGUAAAGGAAUCAGCUCAUAUGGAUAUGGAAGGACUUUGCCCAAUCCGUUCAGACGAAACUUCGUCACCAGGGUCCUCAUCUAGUCAAAGAGAUCUUCAGGGGACAUAUGUAACUGACAUGAGCCUUUCAGAUGAUAGAGUGACCCAUAUAGAGAGUAUUCUUGAUCUGUGGAGUGGCAGUCUUAAAACUAAUGUUUUGACUGAGUUGAGGAAAUGGAAACUUCAUUUUAUUGAACAUCAUACCUUAGAGAUGAGACAAGAAAGAGAAAAACACGCAGCUGAUGUGAGACAAUUGACUAAUCAGAUGGAGAACUUGAAGGAAUUGCUACAUACUUACGAGAUUUCCAUAGGGAGAAAGGAUGAGGUAAUUGCAAAUCUAACACAUGCAAUUGAGAAACAAAAGGACAGGAUAGAAUUAAUGAAAAAAUUCACAAAAUGGCGACUUCAGCAUUUUUUGGGCAAACAAAAGGCCAGAGAAGAGGUAUACGCAAACAAACUGGCUGAUCGGCUGUAUAAAUUAGGCUUAUUGAAGAAAGCCUGGGCAAUUUGGCGAUCCCGCUUGAAUGCAAAAUGGAAAGAAACCAUGGAAAAGGCUGUUCAGACAAGUUUGGAAUCUAUGCGUACUGCCCUCACCAAUGACUAUGAAGCCAAACUUCAAGCAGUAAAUAGUGAAUUAGAGGAGGCCAGAUCUGAAAUUAUUGAACUGCAGAACCAAAGACAAGAUUAUGAAGAUUCCAUGAAGAAGGCUUUCAUGCGAGGUGUCUGUGCACUGAAUCUAGAGGCAAUGAGCAUGUUUCAGGGCAAAGAUUUCAAACUUGACCAGGUGCGAAGUCAGCUUCAACCUGGCCCAUCAGUUAGAUCAAGCAUAUUUCGUCAGCAGCAAGAGCAAAUAAACAGUGAAGUGAGAAGUCAGCUUCAGCCUGGCCCAUCAACCAGAUCGAGCAUGUUUCGUCAACAGCAGGAGCAAGUAGAUGGUGAAGUGAGAAAUCGGCUUCAUUCUGGCCCAUCAACCAGAUCAAGUAUGUUUCGUCAGCAGCAGGAGCAAGUAGACGGUGAAGCGAGAAAUCAGCUUCAUCCUGACCUAUCAACCAGAUCAAGCAUGUUUCGUCAACAGCAGGAGCAAGUAGACGGUGAAGCAAGAAAUCAGCUUCAGCCUGGCCCAUCAACCAGAUCGAGCAUGUUUCGUCAGCAGCAGGAGCAAGUAGACGGUGAAGUGCGAAAUCAGCUUCAUCCUGGCCCAUCAGUUAAAUCAAGCAUAUAUCAGCAGCAGGAGCAAGUAGACGGUGAAGUGCGAAGUCAGCUUCAGCCUGGCCCAUCAACCAGAUCGAACACGUUUCGUCAACAGCAGGAGCAAGAAGACAGUGAAGUAGUUGAUCCAUCAGAAAAAAGAGCAGAAUCUGGUGCUGGCACUGGUGGACCUACAGCAAAAUUUUCUUCAUUUCAGUAUGAUCAGCCUAUGCCAUCUACUUCCUCGCUGCCACAACCACCACCUCAUUUUGCUCCAACAGCUGGAUCUGCUCCUGCAGAAGAUCUUUUUUCUUCUCACCAAGGCCAUGCAAUAACAUCUCAAACCAGAUUAGACUCUGCUGCUGCCUUAACAACCUGUGGUGUUGCUACAGGAUCAGGCACAAUGUGCAUUUCAAAACUGCCUAUGACUAGAGUGGUAACAUCAGCUCAACAAAAGGCUGGAAGGACAGUCACUGCAAAAAUCACCGGUCGUUCAGAUUUUGCGGCAAAGAAUCGUAUUUGCAGUAACUUAGAUGUCUUGGGUGUUUCGCCCCCCAUGAAUUCUGUUGUGGUGGAGAAACAUCAUCCUGUCACUCAGCAAACUAUAUCUCAAGCUGUUGCUGCUAAAUAUCCUCGAAUUCUGCACCAGUCUUCUAAUGCUAUCAGCGUGAGACAUCUAGGACACAAUGGGAAAACUCCUGCCCAGACUCACAGCAACAUUCAGUCAAUAAAAGUAGUGGAGUAGGUUAGUCGGUUGAAACGCCUGUACUUUAUUUUAAGCACAUGGAGAAAAUUUUCCAGGUUAUUGUUUAACAUGUGAUCCCUGGUGCUUGCAGAUUAAUGGAAUAAUAACCCAACAUGCAUCAUGUUUUUCCUCUCAAUAAUAUUGUACAUGUAGAUAUUUUGAAGCGUAAAAAAUGUGCCACCCAAGAUGGCAUAAUGUAGUUCUGUGUAACUGCAAAUAAGGUAUACUUGAAAUUUUUACUUUCUUAAACUUAUUAUAUAUGCUUAUUUAAUGUUUUUAAUAAAAUGAAGUAUUGAACUUGUAUAUUCUAAAA